AUGGGAGGCCAGGGACAGUCGGCACAGGCGGCGCUGCAUCACACGCGGGCGGCGGCCAAAUUUAAGGAGGCCGCAGAGCUUUGGGAGGCGGACCGGGAGGAGUUGGAAGGCCACGCGCAGGAUCUCACCGCAAGGGCGGUGUACCUGGAGAGCCUGGGCGGCGUGCCCCCGUCCAUGCCUUUGGAGGAUCACGUGGGCGAGCUGUCGAUCAGCCUGGACCUUUCGGUGGCGCAGCAGCCCAGGGAGGAGCAGCUCCCGGAGCUCCUGGCGCGGUCAGGUGUGACAGGGGCUUCGGCAGAUCUCUCAGAGGAGGGCUUGCAGAUGGUGAUGGCACUCAGAAAAGAGGAGGAGCUGCAAAGCUUUGUCCAGCGCUUGCUGAGCAAAGACUGGCGGCAGGUGAAGGCUGACGAUGCCUCUGCCUUGGAGUUCGUUGGCUUCGUGCAGCGCGCGCUGGGCGAAGGACCCGCGCUGCGGGCGCUCCGGGAUCAGCUGCGGAGGUGCCCCUGGGUGGAGCUGAAGUUGGGCCCGGGGGAGGACCGGCUGCAGGUGGGCGCUGCCAUGGAGCGGGAGGCCCGGGAGCUGGACGCGGCCGGGGAGGCGGAGGAGGCCCUCGAGGGCUUCCAGAGGGCUGUGGCCGUGUUCAAGCUCGUGUACAACUUCGACCCGCGCUCCAAGAGUAACCCCAAGAUCAAGGAGAUGGUGGGCAACCGAAUAGCGGAGCUGGAGACGUUGAUCAAGCUGCGAGACCCGGGCUAUGCGGAGGCGCAGGCUGCGCCGACUGAGAGCUCCAGCGCGGACGACCUGGAGGCGAGGCUUGCCAGGCUCCGCCAGUGA